AUGUCUCACUCUACCGUUCACGUUUCUGGUAUCUCGUCAACAACCUCCGAGAAGGAGGUUCGCGACUUCUUCAGUUUCUGUGGAAAGAUUGUUACUCUCUCAAUCACCCCAGUCUCUGGUGAAGCCGAUGCUCAAAAGUCCGCCACUGUGACCUUUGAAAAGGAGGCUGCUGCUAAAACUGCGCUCCUCCUUGAUCAGACCCAACUUGGCACUUCCGCCGUGCACGUCGAAGCAGCCCACAACAUCGAAGACCUAGCCGGCUCCCAAGCAACCGGCACAGGCACCGAAACCAAGGAAGAAGAGAACCACAUCGCACAAGAAGACAAGCCCCGAUCCCGCAUUGUCGCCGAGUACCUGGCACACGGGUACGUUGUGAGCGACAAUGCGAUCAUGAAAGCGAUCGCGCUGGACCAGAAGCACGGAGUCUCGAACCGCUUCACGUCGGCCCUUACAAACUUCGAUAAGAAGUACAAUGCCACCGAGCGCGCUCGCGGCAUCGAUGAUAGCUACAAGAUCUCCACUAAAGCCGCUACUGGCUGGCGCGGCCUGAGCUCGUACUUCGAGAAGGCUCUGGAGCACCCAUCCGGUCAGAAGCUGCGUGACUUCUAUGUUCAGACUGAUAAGCAGGUGCGUGAUAUUCACACUGAGGCUCGUCGUCUGGCGGAUCUGAAGCAGGCUAAGGCUGGUGAGGCGGAGGGUGCUGCUGUCCCUCCUGCUGCUGUCCCUGCUGCUGCCCCUGGUGUUACUGUUGCAGAGCCCGCUGCUGUUCCUUCUCAGACUGAGGCUGCUGCUGCGCCCUCUGAGAAG